CCCAUCAUUCCCCUCUCUUCCUCGCUGGAUUGCCACGACUGGAUGACGCAACCCACCCACCCCGCGCCGUCCCAUAUCCCUUCCGCCGAGCUCGGCGGCGUCUCGCCCUCACCGUGACCGGGCGGAGAGAGAGAGAGGUAGAGCAGCCACCCACCAGGCAUCAGCCUUGAAGGGGGCGCUGAAGUGGCGGCGACGGUCGAGGCUCGAGCUCCCGUGCCGCGCUCCGAGCUAACCUAGAUGAACAUACUCGCGAGGAUAAGUGGAGGUGGCGACAGGGCGGCCGCCACGGAGCCGCCGCCCCCGCAGCCGAUGUGCUGGGUGGAGAUUUCGGAGUCCGUCUCACGGCUCUGCAGCUUCGACGCCGCUGGUAGUGGCGGCGGCAGCAUCUCUGUAAAAGUUAUUCAGGAUGCUAGACCUAUCCAUGAUAAAGUUGUUGAUUCUUUCUUGAACAAGUUUUUUCCAUCAGGUUAUCCAUACAGUGUGAAUGAGGGUUACUUAACUUAUACCAGAUUCCGAGCACUACAGCAUUUCUCUAGUGCUAUGCUACAUGUGCUGUCAACACAGUCGUUGCUAUUUGCUGCAGGUUUGCGACCUACCCCAGCUCAAGCAACUGCUGUAAGUUGGAUUCUCAAAGAUGGAAUGCAGCACGCAGGAAAGCUCAUUUGUAGCAGCAUGGGGGCAAGAAUGGAUUCUGAACCAAAGAGUUGGAGGAUACUUGCUGAUGUUCUCUAUGAUCUUGGUACUGCCUUGGAAGUUGUUUCACCGCUGUGCCCACAACUUUUCCUUGAAGUAGCUGGCUUGGGAAAUUUUGCGAAGGGAAUGGCCGUUGUUGCAGCAAGAGCGACAAGGCUUCCAAUUUACUCUUCUUUUGCCAAAGAAGGCAACCUUAGUGAUUUGUUUGCUAAAGGGGAAGCCAUCUCAACACUUUUCAAUGUCAUGGGAAUAGGAGCUGGAAUUGGAUUGGCAUCUACUGUCUGUUCAACAACUCAAGGAAAGUUAAUUGCAGGCCCGUUACUUUCUGCAGUGCAUAUAUACGGAGUUGUUCAAGAGAUGAGAGCAACUCCUGUAAAUACACUCAACCCACAAAGAACAGCAAUGAUUGUGGCUGAUUUUAUUAAGAGUGGAAAGGUUUCUAGCCCAGCUGAGCUAAGGUACAGAGAAGACCUUCUGUUUCCUAACCGAGUUAUAGAAGAAGCUGGAAGUGUGAAAAUUGGACAGCCACUCCGCAGGGUCUUGAGUCCGUCGCUUGUUGAACAGCUGAGGGCAACUUUCCCAGAUGAGAAGUUCUUGCUUACCCAAAAAAGCAACAAGACAUACAUGGUUCUUGAGCAAAGUGCGAGCGGAGAGGACGCGUUGAGGGGGUGGCUGGUCGCCGCAUUUGCUUCAGAGAUGGAGAGGUCAGGCAUCGUUUCGCGUGACACGGUUCUGAAGGAAGCCUAUGAGAAGACAAAGAUGGUCUUCCCCAGUUUUGUAUCAGAAGUUAGGAGUAGAGGGUGGUACACAGAUCAGUUUUUGGAUGGGAACGGUAGUCGAGUUGCAUUUGCAAAGUUUCAGUAGUUGCAAGACUAUAAGUUUUUAUGUUUUUGGAGGAAGAUGCGGAACCAUGCAUGAACUCAUGCAGUGCAGGGCAGUGUAGUCUAACUCUUCUAGUUACACAGAAGAUGAACUGACCAAGUGUCACACAGUUUUGGUUCUUAGAACUUUUUUUUUCGUGUGCACGUUGGGGUAGUUUGUGAUCAUGGAGAUUCCAUGAAUGUUUCGCCAGCUAGUCUAUCUAUUUUAUGAUUUUUC